GACUGGCGACUGCGCAUGCUCGCUGGCUGCACCCGGCCAGUACCCGAGCUGUGUUGACGAGCCAGCCGCUCGCUGCUGUGGUAGCGAUGUGAGUGGGCCCGGGGCGGGAUGGUGCUGACCCGGACAGGGUCGUCUUCCAGCUGCCCCACGAGCUCUUCUGUCCGCCAGACGGGGCGUGAGGUCGCGCUGGUAGAGAGGGUUGCAAAUCAACUGGAUUAUGUAUUUCAUUUUGGAAUCUCAAAGCAGUUGGCAAACGAUAAAUUCUUCCUUACAUUAUCAGCGUCAGGGGGAGCAAUAUAUUUUUAACAACAAGAAUCAGUAACUGGAAGUGCAAGAUUAUAUUUAAUAAUGUUAAAAUGAAGUUUUAAUCAGUGGAGGUGCUGUUACCAGAUUUGUCUUCUGGAUAUAAAUUAAAAAUGACUGAAGUUCAAGCAAUGGUAGAAUUCUCUGUGGAGCUCAACAAGUUCUACAAUGUGGAUUUAUUCCAGAGAGGUUUUUACCAGAUUCGUGCAUCUAUGAAAAUUCCACCAAGAAUUCCCCACAAAGUAGAAGCCAGUUUGUUACAUGAAACAGGUAUGACUUUAGCCUUCCCAGCUUCAGUUCAUGAUUCUCUGAUUUGCAGUAAAACAUUUCAAAUUCUGUACAAAAAUGAAGAAGUUGUUUUAAAUGAUGUUAUGAUCUUCAAAGUUAAAAUGUUGUUGGAUGAAAGAAAGAUUGAAGAAACCCUCCAGGAAAUGAGUUUUCUAUUAUCCUUGGAUCUGCACUUCACAGAUGGAGAUUAUUCGGCAGAUGAUCUGAACGCCUUGCAACUAAUAAGUAGCCGAACACUUAAGCUGCACUUCAGCCUCUAUAGAGGACUUCAUCAUCAUGUCAAUGUUAUGUUUGAUUAUUUCCACCUUUCAGUUGUGUCUGUUACAGUCCAUGCAUCAUUAGUUUCACUACACCAGCCACUAAUAAGCUUCCCUCGCCCUGUGAAGACUACUUGGUUAAACAGAAAUGCACCAGCACAAAACAGAGAUUCUGUGAUUCCUACUCUUGAAAGUGUGGUCUUUGGUAUUAACUACACAAAACAGUUGUCACCAGAUGGCUGCAGUUUCAUCAUUGCUGAUUCCUUCCUCCAUCAUGCCUACCGUUUUCAUUAUACCCUUUGUGCCAUUUUGCUGCUAGCCUUCAAGGGAUUGCACAACUACUUCAUUACGGUAACGGAAGAGAUUCCCUCUUGUCAGAAACUAGAACUGGCCAAGGCCAACAUACAGGUCCUAUAUGAGCGCCUUCUCAGAAGAAAACAGCCAAGAACCCAGAAAGACUCCUGUGUAGAGGAAAUGGAUGUAGAAGCUCGACUUACUGAACUAUGUGAAGAAGUUAAGAAAAUAGAAAACCCUGAUGAACUGGCAGAACUUAUAAAUAUGAAUCUGGCACAACUUUGCUCACUUCUGAUGGCUUUAUGGGGACAAUUUCUAGACGUUAUAACACUACAUGAAGAACUCAGAAUACUGUUAGCACAGGAGCACCAUACCUUGAGGGUUCGCAGAUUUUCUGAGGCAUUCUUUUGUUUUGAACAUCCAAGAGAAGCCGCCAUUGCAUAUCAAGAACUUCAUGCUCAGAGUCAUCUGCAGAUGUGCACCGCUAUCAAAAAUACUUCCUUCUGCAGUUCUCUCCCACCCCUGCCUAUUGAAUGUAGUGAAUUAGAUGGAGAUCUCAAUUCAUUACCUAUAAUCUUUGAAGAUAGGUAUUUAGAUUCAGUUAUUGAAGAAUUAGAUGCACCCUGGAUGGGAAUUCAGAAUCUUCAGAAGUCAGAGUCCAAUAGAAUGGAUAAAUAUGAGACUGAAGAAAGCUCCGUAGCAGGACUUUCUAGCCCAGAGUUGAAGAUCAGACCUGCUGGUGCCUCCAAUAUUUGGUAUACAGAAGGUGAAAAGCAGCUGACAAAACCUCUAAAAGGAAAGGAUGAAGAAUCAAUUAAAUCCAAGGUUAAGGUUACUAAGCUCAUGAAAACAAUGAAACCAGAAAACCCCAAGAAAUUAAUAAAACAGAACUCUAAAAAUUCUGUGGUUUUAGUAAGCUACAAAUGUUUGAAAAGCACAGCAUCAGAUGACCUCACUAAAUGCUUUGAAGGUAAUCCUUCACAUAGUCAGAAGGAAGGUCUGGAUCCCACAAUAUGUGGAUAUAAUUUUGACCCAAAGACCUACAUCAGACAGACAAGUAAAAAGGAAGCUAGCUAUUUGCCAACUAAUACAGAGGGAACUGAACAAAAGUCUCCAGAUAUUGAAAAUACACAGCCAAACCAGUUUGAUCCUUUGAACUCUGACAACCUAAAUCUUUGUGCAAAUUUGUCCAUUUCAGGUAAAGUUGAUAUCUCCCAGGACGAUAGUGAAAUCACACACGUGGAUCACUAUCUGGCACCCAGAAGUUCAUCAGACGAUUGCCAUGAUCAUCAGACAGCUCCAUCUUCAGGAGUUAGAACAAUUGAAGUUAAGCCCAAUAAUAAAGAUCCUUUCAGUGAAGAGAAGAUAACUGUUAAAAUGGAACCAUGGGCUGAGCUUCGACAAGAUGAAAUGUUUGUGGACAGUUUACUAUCCACCUUUGAGUCCUUAGCCUGUCAUGGUAAAUCUAAAUCUAUAGAAACAACACUUGAAAAGGAAGCUUUGCAAGAAGCAAAGUGUCGUUCUAUUUGUGAAUCAUUAGUAAAAUUAAGAAGUAAUCUACCUGCUCCUUCUACAAAAGAAUAUCAUGUUGUAGUAAGUGGAGAUACAAUUAAGUUACCAGACACUAAUGCCACAUAUGCCUCAUCUAGAUUUUCAGAUUCAGGUGUCGAAAGCGAACCAAGUUCUUUUGCAACACAUCCAAACCUUGAUAUAGUCUUGGAAACCACACAAGGACAAGGUCCUUACAAUAAUGAAAGAUUAUUUCCUCAGCUUUUGAUGAAACCUGAUGGUAAUGUAAAAUUUUCAUUAGGAAGCCAUUGCACUGAGAGUACCAGUGCUUUAAGUGAAAUACAGUCAUCUUUGACAUCUAUAAACUCUCUACCUUCUGAUGAUGAACUGUCACCUGAUGAAAAUUCUAAGAAAUCUGUUGUGCCCGAAUGCCAUCUAAGCGAUAGCAAAACUGUAUUAAAUCUAGGAACAAUUGAUUUGCCAAAAUAUGGUGAGACUAAGAAGUCAAGCAGUAUUUUGCAACAGCAGAGUGUUAUAUUUUCAGAGCAUUUGGACAGUGGAACUUUAGCAAUCCAUUCCUUAAAUUCAAGCACUAAAGACCCUUUACAAUUUGUUUUUUCAGAUAAAAAUACUUUCAGUGAUGUGGAAAGCAUUUGCAGCUCCAAACCUAACUUGGACACUACACGUAAAGGUUCCCAGAGUCCUGAUAAAUCUACUAACUCUGCAGGAACAGCAAUGUUAAAUUCAAAACUGAUUUGUUUCGGCACUCCUUGUGUUGUUUCAGGUUCUGUUUCUACUAAUGCAGAAGUUAGUGAAGAUAGAACUGUGGAAAAAAAAAAUAGUGAUGCAUCACAUCUCAAACAGAUAUAUUCAGAAGUCCCUACAGUUGAAAGUGAAACUCAGCUGGACACAAGUGACCCUUUUUCAGCCAGUACGGAUGUGGUAAAGCAAGGGCUUGUGGAAAAUUACUUUGGUUCUCAGAGCAUUACAGAUAUUUCUGACACAUGUGAUGUUAGCUACAGCAGUUCAGUUAGCCCUCAGAAGGAAAUUUACAAAAAGGAAAUUAGUAAUCUUCAGCAAGAACAGGGUAAAGAGGAUGUGGAGGAAGAACAGGAUCAACAAAUGGUUCAAAAUGGGUAUUAUGAAGAAACAGAUUGUCCAGCUUUGGAUGGAACAAUAAAUGCCCACUACACCAGCAGAGAUGCACUAGCAGAAGAAAGGCUUACAAAAUCAGAGAAAAUAAAGAGUGACUAUUUGAGGGAUGGUAUAAAUAUGCCUACUGUUUGUACUUCCGGGUGUUUGUCCUUCCCAUCUGCACCACGAGAGUCUCCUUGUAGUAUGAAAUAUUCUUCUAAAAGUAAAUUUGAUGCCAUUACAAAACAGCCAAGCAGCAUUUCUUACAACUUUACUUCUUCAGUUUCCUGGUAUGAGAAUUCGCCAAAACCUCAGAUACAAGCCUUUCUUCAGGCAAAAGAAGAACUGAAGCAACUCAAACUCCCCGGGUUCAUGUACAGUGAUGUCCCUCUGCUGGCGUCCUCAGUGCCAUAUUUCAGCAUGGAAGAAGAGGCUGUGUCUGAGGGUGGGGUGCAUCUCAUCGUCUGUGUGCACGGCUUAGACGGUAACAGUGCAGAUCUCCGAUUGGUAAAAACUUACAUUGAACUUGGGCUGCCUGGAGGACGAAUUGAUUUUCUAAUGUCUGAGAGAAAUCAGAAUGAUACUUUUGCUGAUUUUGAUAGCAUGACUGAUCGCCUUUUGGAUGAGAUAAUACAAUAUAUUCAGAUAUAUAGUCUAACGGUUUCAAAAAUAAGCUUUAUUGGACAUUCAUUGGGCAAUUUAAUAAUCCGUUCUGUGCUCACGAGGCCGAGGUUUAAGUAUUACCUCAGCAGACUCCAUACUUUUCUGUCUCUUUCUGGACCUCACCUUGGCACACUCUACAACAGCAGCACCCUUGUUAAUACAGGUCUCUGGUUUAUGCAGAAAUGGAAAAAAUCAGGUUCCCUGUUGCAAUUGACAUGUCGAGAUCACUCAGACCCUCGCCAAACAUUUUUGUAUAAGCUUAGUAAUAAAGCAGGGCUUCAUUAUUUCAAAAAUGUUGUGCUGGUGGGAUCUCUACAGGAUCGCUACGUUCCUUAUCAUUCUGCACGGAUUGAAAUGUGUAAAACAGCCUUAAAGGACAAACAGUCAGGACAGAUCUAUUCUGAAAUGAUCCACAACUUGCUUCGCCCGGUUCUGCAAAGCCAAGACUGUAACUUGGUGCGCUACAACGUCAUCAAUGCUUUACCCAAUACCGCCGAUUCACUCAUCGGGAGAGCGGCACACAUAGCUGUUCUGGAUUCGGAAAUAUUUUUAGAGAAAUUCUUUCUGGUUGCUGCCCUCAAAUAUUUCCAGUAGAAUAAAAGCAUUGUUAGAGACUUGACAAUUACCUCAUUCAACAGUGAUUCAAAUAGUGUAUUAUAAUUAAAUUAGAUGCCAAUACAUUCUAAGAAAUAUUUAUACCUUUUAUAUGGAAGAUAAUUUAUAUCAUCCAUGUGUAGAGCUUUUUAAACAUCAGUUUUACUUUCUAGGUAAUGUGGCUGUGCAAUAUUUUUAAUUUUCUCUUUUUACUUUUCUAUUACUUUUUCAUAUAUUUUGCUACCUAAAUAUUUCAGUGAAAUUUUAAGCCCAUACCUAUGACUGAUUAUUUAUUACUGGCUUUCUGCAGUCCUUACAUCAGACUACAUCCUAUUAGAGGCAGUUAUUACUAGAAUAGCAUGAGGUUUUAAAUUUUCUAGUUUUGGGGUAUUAUUUAGUUAACUAUAAAUUUUACUUUUAACAUCUUACUCUGUUUUAACUGGAAAUAAAGUUAUGGCUGCUAAAAUAUAUUUUUUGAAAUCAACUUCUUUAGUCCUAAAAUAUACUUUUAUCAUAAGAUCAAACCAGGUAGUUCAUACAUGACAAUGUUAUAAAAGUUUUCUAUCAAUUCAUUACUGUUGCUAUUAAACAUAUGUCAUGCCUAUUAAAAUAUAUUUUCUACUGGUAGGUUCAACAUUAUUUCUCAUGUUGACUUUUAUUAAAGAUUUUUGAAUGUUUGAAUGCUCUCUGCCUUGAUUAGAUUGGAACUUUGCUAAAUUUGGUAAUGUUGCUUGAACUUUCUGACCAUAUUUCUUUGAACUUUUUUCAUGGACUUCCUUGUAUGUACAUAAUAACUAAAUGUUGAAAUUUAUGAAAUACUUUUAUGGAUUUAGAUAAUUUUUAAAUGUUAAAUUUUAUUGAUCUAAAGAGUAUUGUAAAUAAAAUAAUUCAUGUUAAAAAUGGAAAAAAUAACUUUACAUGUUUGGUGAUACAGAUGCAAAUGUUUUUGAUAUAUGGAGAUGUUGAGUCUUUUGACUUUACUAAAGGUGCUGAAUAGCAUUAAAUUCA